AUGAGAACACGUGAAGGCACAGUCAAUGCGGGUCAAGAUGGAGUCAACGUGAGUCAACUAGUGGUCAAUGCGGAUCCAAGGAGGGGAGUGGUAGCGAAUCAAGUGGAGACAGCUGUCGGCCAAUCAGGGUUGGGUGCAGGUCGUGUGGGGACGGCUGCUGUGCUAGAGACAAGGAAUGCUGGUCAGGAACCAGUCAACGCCGGUCAAGCACCAGUCAACGCAGUCAACGCCGGUCAAGCACGAGUCAACGCCGGUCAAGCUCGAAUUAACGCUGGCGAAGCACGACUCAAUGCUGGUCGCGCAGCAGUCAACGCCAGUCAAGCACCAGUCAACGCUGGUCAAGCACCAGUCAACGCUGGUCAAGCACCAGUCAACCCUGGUCAAACACCAGUCAACCCUGGUCACGCAGCAGCCAACGCCAGUCAAGCACUAGCCAACGCUGGCCAAGCACCAUUCAACGCUGGUCAACCACCAUUCAGUGCUGUUCAAGCAUUGGUCAAUGCUGGUCAAGCACCAUUUACUGCUGCUCGAGCACUAGCCAACGCUGCACUAGCCAACGCUGGUCAAGCACCAGUCAACUUUGGUCAACCUCUGGUCAACGCUGGUCAAGCACCAGUCAACGCUGGUCAAGCACCAUUUGCUGGUGGCCAAGCACUAUUCGCUGCUGGUCAAGCACUAGUCAAUGCUGGCCAAGCACCGUUCACUGCUGCUCAAGCACUAGCCAACGCUGGUCAAGCACCAGUCAACGCUGGUCAAGCACUGGUCAACGCAGGUCAAGCACUAUUCAACCCAGGUCAAGCACCAUUCAGUGUUUUUCAAGCAAUGGUCAACACUGGUCAAGCACCAUUUACUGCUGCUCAAGCACCAUUCAACGCAGGUCAAGCACCAUUCCACGCUGGUCUAUGGGCUGCUAAUGCAGGUGGAGGGGUGGGCCAAGGCAGAACAGAGGGAGGAGGGGGAGGAGUGGGGGAUGGGGUAUGGAGGGACGCAGCGAUCCUUCAGCUGCUGUUGAAGCUGCUGCAAGGCCAGGCGAAGGGAACAGGUGGGGCUGUGGCGCGGGGACAGGCGGAAAACGGCGAGCAGAGAGGGGAGCCAGGAGGGCAGCGGGGAGGGGGGCAGGGAGGGGGGCAGGGAGGGGAGCUGGGAGGGGAGCUGGGAGGGAGGCAGGGUGGGGAACAGGGAGGUGGGCAGGGAGGGGGCCCGGGAGUGGGGCAGGGUGGAGGGCAGGGUGGGGGGCAGGGUGGGGGGCAGAGAGGGGAGCAAAGAGUGGGACAAGGAGGGGGGCAGGGAGGGGAGAAGGGAGGGGGGCAGGGAGGGGAGCAGGGAAGAGGGCAGGAAGGGAAUCAGGCAGCGGAUCAGAGAGUGGGGCCAGUCAGUGUGCCGGGGGGCAGCGGCAGCGGAGGGGGGGUGUUCACGCUGUCGCACCGCUGUGUGGCGGACGGGCCGGCAGGGCAGUGCAGCCUGUGCAGCAUCGUUGCCAACUUCGCCAAAAUGGUGGCCGCGCAGGGUGGGCUGGGGGGCGCGCAGGGUGGGCUGGGGGCCGCGCAGGGUGGGCUGGGGGGCGCGCAGGGUGGGCUGGGGGGCGCGCAGGGUGGGCUGGGGGGCGCGCAGGGUGGGCUGGGGGGCGCGCAGGGUGGGCUGGGGGGCGCGCAGGGUGGGCUGGGGGGCGCGCAGGGUGGGCUGGGGGGCGCGCAGGGUGGGCUGGGGGGCGCGCAGGGUGGGCUGGGGGGCGCGCAGGGUGGGCUGGGGGGCGCGCAGGGUGGGCUGGGGGGCGCGCAGGGUGGGCUGGGGGGCGCGCAGGGUGGGCUGGGGGGCGCGCAGGGUGGGCUGAUGGGGGUUGCUACUGUGGGAGGAGUGCCUGCAGCAAGCGAUCUGAGGGGGAGUGGUGGUAGGGAACUGGUGGCUGUGCUGAGUGAAGGAAGGGGUGGUGAAGGGGGAGAGGUGGCUGCGCCGAGUGGAGGAAGGGGUGGUGGGGGAGGAGAGGUGGCUGUGCCGAGCAAUGGUGGUGAGGGUGCUAGGGGAUAUGUACGCAUGUCGGGAGGAGGAGGGGGGAGUGAUGGUGGAGGGGAGGAGGGGGUGGGCAUUGAGGUCGAAAGGGGUGAGGCGGGAGAGGAGGGAGAGGAGGGAGGGGUGAGAGAGGAGGGAGGGGGGGGGGGAGGGGAGGAGGGGGCGGGAGAGGAGGGGGAGGGGCGGGAGAGGAGGGAGGGGCGAGAGUGGAGGGAGGGGCGGGAGAGGAGGGAGGGGCGGGAGAGGAGGGAGGGGCGGGAGAGGAGGGAGGGGCGGGAGAGGAGGGAGGGGAGGGAGAGGAGGGAGGGGCAGGAGGGACGGGAGGGACGGGAGGGACGGGAGGGGUGGGACAGGAGGGAGGGGCGGGGGGGAGAGGAGGGAGGGGCGAGAGAGGAGGCAGGGGCGGGAGUGGAGGGAGGGGCGAGAGAGGAGGGAGGGGCGGGAGAGGAGGGAGGGGCGGGAGGGACAGGAGGGACGGGAGGGGCGGGAGAGGUGAGGCCAGGGGGAGGUGGAGAGGGAUGGGGGUCCGGAGAGGGAGGGGGGUGUGAAGAAGGAGGGGGGAAUGGGGGAGGGGGAGGUGGAGAGGAACGGAGGGUUGGAGAAGGAGGGGAGGGUGGAGGGUUGGGCGGCAUGGCAGGGCUGAAGCUGCUGGGGCAUCGCGUGCAGACGUUUGUCGGAAGAGAGAACCUGGGAGCAGUCAACGCGAGUCAACAGAUGGCCAGCACAUGUCAACAGGCAGGCAAUGCUGGUCAAGGGGCAGUCAAUGCUGGUCAAGGGGCAGUCAAUGCUGGUCAAGGGGCAGUCAAUGCUGGUCAAGGGGCAGUCAAUGCUGGUCAAGGGGCAGUCAAUGCUGGUCAAGGGGCAGUCAACGCUGGUCAAGGGGCAGUCAACGCUGGUCAAGGGGCAGUCAAUGCUGGUCAAGGGGCAGUCAAUGCUGGUCAAGCAGCAGUCAAUGCAGGUCAAUGGGCAGUCAAUGCUGGUCAAGGGGCAGUCAAUGCUGGUCAAGGGGCAGUCAAUGCUGGUCAAGGGGCAGUCAAUGCUGGUCAAGGGGCAGUCAACGCUGGUCAAGGGGCAGUCAACGCUGGUCAAGGGGCAGUCAACGCUGGUCAAGGGGCAGUCAACGCUGGUCAAGGGGCAGUCAACGCUGGUCAAGGGGCAGUCAAUGCUGGUCAAGGGGCAGUCAAUGCUGGUCAAGCAGCAGUCAACGCAGGUCAAUGGGCAGUGAACGCAGGUCACGCGGGGGUGGGUGGCAAUCCAGUGGUGGUCAACGGGAUUCAAUGCAAGUGCCGUGAGUGUCUGGUUGCUACCUUGGCGGCCAGAAUACGUGAAGGUGCAGUCAAUCUGAGUCAAGCAGUAGUCAAUCCAAGUCAAGCAGCAGUCAAUCCGAUUCAAGCAGCAGUCUAUGUGGCGAGUCAACUUAUGUCAGUCAACGCUGGUCAAGCACCAGUCAACGCUGGUCAAGCACCAGUCAACGCUGGUCAAGCACCAGUCAACUAUGGUCGUUGGGCUGCUAAUGCAUGUGGAGGGGUGGGUCAAGGCCGAACAGAGGGAGGAGGGAUGGAAGGAAGAGGAGGGGCUUGGAGGGAAGCAACAAUUGUGGGACUGGUGCAGCUGCUGCUGCAAGGCAAGGCGAAGGAAAGGAGCGGGGCUGUGGCGAGGGGAGAGGGGGAGAACGGCUCGCAAAGAGUGGAGCAGGGAGAGCAGCAGGGAGGGGAGCAGGGCGAGGAGCAGCGAGGGUGGCAGGGAGGGGUGCCAGAAUUGGGUCAGGGAGCGGGACAGGCAGGGGAGCAGGGAGGGGGGCAGGGAGGGGAGCAGGGAGAGGAGCAGAGAGGGGAGCAGGGAGGGGAGCAGGCAGGGGAGCAGGGAGGGGGGCAGGGAGGGGAGCAGGGAGAGGAGCAGAGAGGGGAGCAGGGAGGGGAGCAGGGAGGGGAGCAGGCAGGGGAGCAGGGAGCGGGACAGGCAGGGGAGCAGGGAGGGGAGCAGGAAGGGGAGCAGGGAGGGGAGCAGGGAGGGCACCAGGGAGGGGGAGAGGCAGGGGGACAGGGAGGGGAGCAAAGAGGAAAUCAGGGAGGGAAACAGAGAGUGGGAACAGUGAGCAUGCCGGGGGGAAGCGGCAGCGGAGGGGGCUACUUCACGGUGUCGCACCGCUGUGUGGCGGACGGGCCGGCAGGGCAGUGCAGCCUGUGCAGCAUCUUGGCCAACUUUGUCCGAGUGGUGGGCGCUCAGGGCGGCCUGGGGGGGGUUGUUGCUAGGGGAGGAGUGCCCGCAGCAGGUGAGCAGAGGGGCAGUGGUGGUGGGGCAGAGGUGGCUGUGGCGAGUGGAGGGGGAGGGGGUGUUGGGGGAGAGGAGGGAGAUGUGAUUAUGUGGGAGGCAGGUACUUCUAAGGGGGAAGCGGAUGUGACUAUGGGGGAAGCAGACAUGAGUGUAAUGGGAGGGAACCUCAUUGUGGGGGAAGGGACAACUGUGGGGGGAGGGGGCAUCAAUGGAACGGAAGGAGAGUCGAGUGGAAAGGAGGGAGAGACGAGUGGGAAGGAAGGAGGGACGAGUGGGAAUGAGGGAGAGAUGAGUGUACAGGAGGGGGAAACGAGUGGGAGGGUUGGAGAGGCGAGUGGAGGGGAGGGAGACACAAGUGGGAAGGAGGAGGAAACGAGUAAAAGCGAGGGAGAGGCUAGUGGGGAGGAGGGGAAAACGAGUGGAAGGGAGGGAGAGGCGAGUGGAAAGGAGGGAGAGGCGAGUGGGAAAGAGGGAGAGACGAGUGGGAAUGAGGGAGAGACGGAUGGGACAGAGGGAGAGGCGAAUGGGAAGGAGGGAGAGACGAGUGGGACGGAGGGAGAGACGGAUGGGACGGAAGUAGAGAUUAGUGGGACGGAGGGAGAGAGGCGUGGGAAGGAGGGAGAGAUGAAUGGGACGGAAGGAGAGACGGGCAGGACGGAGGGAGAGACGAAUGGGAGGGAGGAGGUGGAUGCGAUGGAAGAAGGCGAUAUGAGUGCAAAGAAAGGAGAGAAGGAAGGAGAGAAGGAAGGAGGCAUGAGUGCAGGGGAAGGCGAGGUGCACGUGGUUUCAGAGACAGGCUGUGAAGGUCGCUUGAUUGUCGAUGAGGAUCAGGAGAGAAGUGGUUACGGUGAGAUGGCAGUGAAUGAGAGUCAAGGCGCAGUCAAUGGGAGUCAAGGCGCAGUCAAUGGGAGUCAAGGCGCAGUCAAUGGGAGUCAAGGCGCAGUCAAUGGGAGUCAAGGCGCAGUCAAUGGGAGUCAAGGCGCAGUCCAUUGGAGUCAAGGCGCAGUCAAUGGGAGUCAAGGCGCAGUCAAUGGGAGUCAAAGCGCAGCCAUUGAGAGUCAAGGUGCAGUCAAAGGGAGUCAAGAUGCAAUCAGCAAGAGUCAAGGUGCAGUCAAUGGGAGUCAAGGCGCAGUCAAUGGGAGUCAAGGCGCAGUCAAUGAGAGUCAAGGUGCAGUCAAUGGGAGUCAAGACGCAGUCAAUGGGAGUCAAGGCGCAGUGAAUGGGAGUCAAGGCGCAGUCAAUGGGAGUCAAGGCGCAGUCAAUGGGAGUCAAGCUGCAGUCAAUCGGAAUCAAGGCGCAGUCAAUGAGAGUCACGGCGCAGUCAACGAGGGACGAGAACACCAUGAAAGUCGGCCACGGGAGGGUGGAGGUGAAGGGAAAGGGGCAGGGGUUGAAAGGGAAGCAAGGGCAGGUCAAACCUACCGAUGUGGUGUGGAUGGGUCGGAUGAGGUGGAGGGGGAAGGCGAGGCAGACACGGACUGA